AUGAACCAAAGAAAGCUCCUUCUCCAUGAGAAAGUCGAGGUGAGGCAACUUAAGGAGGGUUUGAGAGGGUCAUGGCGUCCUGGAGUUGUGGUUGCUGAUUCUGACUUAUGCCGUCAUGUUCAAUACGAUGAACUCUUUUGUGAUACAAGUGACUUAAAACUUGUUGAGAAGAUAUCUGUCAGCAAGGCAGUGGAUGGCCUCUACCAUCGCCGUUGCCGGGUCCCUUCUACCUACCGUGGGCGUAUCCGACCCCUACCUUCCCUUUCUGAUAUUUGCAGACCCAACUUCACUUAUGGACUCUGUGUUGAUGCAUUUUUUAAAGACGCAUGGUGGGAAGGGGUGGUGUUCGACAGGGAGGAAGGUGCAGAGGAGCGUUCUGUGUUUUUUCCUGAUGAGGGUAAUGAGCUCAAGAUCAAUGUGAGGGAUUUGCAGGUUAGCAAUACGUGGGACGAGUUCUUGGGUGUUUGGAGAGAGAGGGGUGUUUGGGUUUUGAUGGAAUUGGUGGACGAGAUUGACAGCGAUGAGCCUUCAUCUUCCUUUUUGAAGAAGGUUUGGUUCCAUUUAAGGUUGAAUGCUGGGUUUGUGAAUAAGAUUUCGGAGUGGACUUCUGGCGUUCGGAAUUUGUGGGGUAAGUACCUAAUGGAGCUCCUGCUGCAAAUCUUUGUUAAAUGUAGUCGGCAAACCAUUGGACAUUGUAAUCUUCCGGUUGGCGUCUCUGGAAAUAAAGGAAAACACAUUGUGAAUUCACAGCAAACUGAUGUUGCUUUGCAGUUACACAGCAGUACCCGUUUUAUGGGAGGUAACUCAAAUGGCUUUCACUUUGGUGAGUUGCCUCAGAUCAGAGGAAAAACACCUCAUGUUCAAUGCAAGGAGAAAGAGCGAUCAGUUGAUCUGCAGUUGGAAUCUCAAGGCAUCCAUGAAGCUGUGAGUAGGGAAGAUCUAUACUGUUCAAGGGGGAGAGAUGCAUUGACAGGUGAUACCACUCUGAAGGAAAGAAACCAAUUUGUUACCAAGGGAAGGAAUUCAAAGAUAUCGCAUAAAACUAAAGAUAAUAUCGGCUUGCAGGCCCUGGCAAUUGGGGAAGGCAACUGUCAUGGAUUCCCUAUUGAUUGCUCUUGUCAUGGUGGUGUUCUGCCUGAACAAAGGCAGUCACUUAAGAUGAGACUCAAAUUAAUGAAGCUGCAACACCUGAUAACUCGCCGAAUUAAGUAUACUGAAUUUAUACUUAAUAAAUCAACUCAGGAGAAAGAUAUGGUGGAUGAUGCUGCCUUCACACAAAGCAAUUCUGUAAGGAAAUGCAAUGGGAACAGAUUCCCUGUUGAUUCUGUCUUUCUGAGUGAAGUAAGCAAAUCUCAUGCUGUUUCAUCUGAACAGAAGAAGUCAGACAAUGGAAACUUGAUGAAAGAGAAAUCAAAGGCCUUACUAACUAGCAAACCUAAGGAUAAAGGGAUUCUUGUGGAAAGUUUAAACAGGGAAAGAGAGAAAGAGACUGCUGGUUUCCUAAUGCCAAGAAAUGUUGAAGAAGAUAACACAAACUCAUCCUCCGUUGCGUGCUUCCAUCAGCUUGAAGGAAAGGUAUCUUUUGUUCCACCUAAGCACAAGAGGCAGUCUGUUAAGAGAAAAGCACCAAUGAGCGAGUUGGAACCUCUUUUAAUUCACGGAGGUAAGGAUAAUGAGUUUGGAGUCCAUAACUCAAGGGGGAAAGAUGAUUUUAAAGUUGACGCUUCAAUGUUGCAAGUCGGUCAAUCAGUUUUUGAAAGACACAAUCGGAAGAAACGAUAUCAAUCUGAGAAUAAUGGAGGUAUAAGAUAUCCUGUCUGUAGUCAACAGAAAAGGAAGGGGAAGGGUUGUGUGAUCAAAGAAAAAGGUAGUAUAGUUAGAGGAAGAAGUGCCUCGAAGAAAUUCCAGCAGGUUGAUGGUAAUGUGGAGGCCCAGCCCAAUGAAGUCCAAAAGGCAUUUGAUGUUUUACCGGAACUUGAUGAAGUUAUUACAUACUGCCAUGGACGUCUGCCCUUCUCUGCUUAUGAUAAAAAGGUCAGGCUUAAAAAUAUGGUAUCUCGUCCUCAAAAGCGAAGGAGAUACAAUGGCCACCCUCAAAGUGACAGUAUAUGUUUGGCCUGUCAUUAUGGAGGAAAGCUCAUUCUUUGUGAUUCCUGCCUUAACUCAUAUCAUUUGAGUUGCGUUCGGCUUGAGCAUGUUCCAAAGGGAAACUGGUUUUGUCCAUCUUGUCGAUGUGGCAUUUGUGGCUUGAGAGAUUCCAGCAGCAAUGAUCGCCCCUUCACUUGCAGUUGUUAUCAAUGCACAAAUCAAUACCAUAUGGAUUGUCUGAGUGAAAGAGAAUUGCCAAUCCCUGGAAGGUGGCAGCAGCGGAACUUUUGCAGCCAAAAGUGUUUUAAGGUAUUUCCGCUUUGCAGUUACAAGUUUUGUCCUUUUCAUAUAUUUUGGCAUCUUCGUCAAAUUCUUGGCAAAUCAAAUCCAACCAGCAUUGAAGGCUUUUGCUGGACUAUGUUGAGAUCGGGGGGAAAUGAUAUUUGCUUUCUUGAGGCACCACCAAAGAUUGAUAGUCAUGUUAAGCUAUCCCAUGCCCGAGACAUCAUGCACGACUGCUUUGAACCUGUCAUUGAUCCUCGAUCAAAAAGUAAUCUUGUUGCAGAUAUUCUUUCAAAUAAAAAAUCAAAAUUCAAACGGUUGGACUUCUAUGGAUUCUAUACCAUGGUUUUGCACAAGGGAGAUGAAGUGGUAUGUGUGGCCACUGUGAGGAUCCAUGGUGUAGCGGUUGCAGAGAUGCCUCUAAUUGGGACCUGUUUUCAGUACCGGCGGCAGGGUAUGUGCCGUCUUCUUGUGAAUGAGCUAGAGAAGAUGCUCAAUCAAUUGGGGGUGGAAAGAUUAGUUUUGCCUGCCAUUCCUCAGCUAAGUCAAUCAUGGGAGAAUUCCUUCGGGUUUACAAAGAUGUCACAUGAAGAAAGAUUAAAGCUUUUGGGUUUUCCCCUUUUGCUCUUUGAAGGAACAACAAUGUAUCAGAAAUUCGUCACCGAUUCUCUGACAAUAGGGAAAUCAAGAGGUCUUGCACGACUAUUGAAAAACUCAGGGAUGGCUUCUGGAUUUCUGAAGGAAAAGGAAAAUCAAGAUGGUAAUUGUAAAGAUAGAUAUUUUGGCAUCUAUUAUAAGCGUAAGCCAAGGAAUAAGAUUAUUGAGAAAGAGAACAAGGUUGAGAGUUGCAAGUAUGUGUACAAGCGGAGAAAGGUACUUGCUAGCAUCCUUUGUUAG